UGCCUGGAGAGCUUGGAGCUUCUCUCUCCGGGACCUGAGCGAUUUUUCCUGGAUCCGGAGCUGCGCAGAGAGCAGCUGCCACUGCUGCCCCGGGAAUGUCACCCCCCUUGCGUGGAGCCCCUGCAGGGCCCCCCAGAGCUGCAGGCAGUUGGUGGCCGACGCCCCACUGGGCUUCUUAGCCAGAGCCGCACCCAGGCCUUUGGGUCUGCGGCCCCCUUUUCCAACCCUUGGGCUCCCACCCCCACCCCCGCACCAAGUUCUCCCUGCCUGGGCGCCUCAGUGGCAAGAAUGCAGAGCUGAGCCGGGAAGAUCUGCCUGCAUUGCAAGUGCCCUCAGGGGGAGCACAUGGUGACAGUGAUGCCCCUGGAGAUGGAGAAGACUGUCAGCAAACUCAUGUUUGACUUCCAGAGGAACUCGACCUCAGACGAUGACUCAGGCUGUGCCUUGGAAGAGUACGCCUGGGUCCCGCCGGGUCUGAAGCCUGAACAGGUUCAUCAGUACUAUAGCUGUCUUCCAGAAGAAAAAGUUCCUUAUGUCAACAGUCCUGGCGAGAAACUGCGAAUCAAACAGCUUUUACACCAACUGCCACCACAUGACAAUGAGGUCCGCUAUUGCAACUCCCUGGAUGAGGAAGAGAAAAGGGAGCUGAAGCUCUUCAGCAGCCAGAGAAAGCGUGAGAACUUGGGUCGAGGAAACGUCAGGCCCUUCCCAGUCACGAUGACAGGAGCAAUUUGUGAGCAGUGCGGAGGCCAGAUUAACGGCGGAGACAUUGCUGUAUUUGCAUCACGCGCUGGUCACGGUGUUUGCUGGCACCCGCCAUGCUUCAUAUGCACAGUCUGCAACGAGCUCCUCGUGGAUCUGAUCUACUUUUACCAAGAUGGGAAGAUAUACUGUGGCAGGCACCACGCCGAGUGUCUGAAGCCGCGCUGUGCCGCCUGCGAUGAGAUCAUCUUUGCAGAUGAAUGCACAGAAGCCGAGGGCCGGCAUUGGCACAUGAAACACUUUUGCUGCUUCGAGUGUGAGACGGUGCUGGGUGGCCAGCGUUACAUCAUGAAGGAGGGAAGACCCUACUGUUGCCAUUGCUUUGAGUCCUUGUAUGCGGAAUAUUGCGACACUUGCGCUCAACACAUAGGGAUUGACCAGGGUCAAAUGACCUAUGAUGGCCAACACUGGCACGCCACUGAAUCCUGUUUCUGCUGUGCUCACUGCAAAAAGUCCCUCCUGGGACGGCCUUUCCUCCCCAAGCAGGGCCAGAUAUUCUGUUCGAGGGCCUGCAGUGCUGGGGAGGACCCCAACGGCUCAGACUCAUCGGAUUCAGCCUUCCAGAAUGCCAGGGCCAAAGAGUCCCGGCGCAGCGCCAAAAUCGGCAAGAACAAGGGCAAGGCGGAGGAGCCCAUGCUGAACCAGCACAGUCAGCUGCAGGUCACCUCCAACCGGCUGUCCGCAGACGUGGACCCCUUGUCGCUGCAAAUGGACCUGCUCAGCCUGUCCAGCCAGACACCCAGCCUCAACCGAGACCCCAUCUGGAGGAGCCGGGAUGAGCCCUACCAUUAUGGGAAUAAGAUGGAGCAGAACCAAUCCCAGAGUCCUUUGCAGCUCCUCAGCCAGUGCAACAUCAGAACUUCUUACAGCCCAGGAGGGCAGGGGGCUGGGGCUCAGCCUGACAUGUGGGCCAAGCACUUCGGCAACCCCAAAAGGAGCUCUUCGCUGGCCAUGAAGGGGCAUGGGGGCAGCUUCAUUAAGGAGUGCCGGGAGGACUACUACCCUGGAAGGAUGCGGUCCCAGGAGAGCUACAGUGAUAUGUCUAGUCAGAGCUUCAGUGAGACCCGAGGAAGCAUCCAAGUCCCUAAAUAUGAGGAAGAGGAGGAAGAGGAAGGGGGCCUGCCUGCUCAGCAAUGUCGGACCCGUCAUCCUAUCAGUUCCCUGAAAUACACAGAGGACAUGACACCCACAGAGCAGACCCCUCGGGGCUCCAUGGAGUCGCUGGCCCUGUCCAACGCAACAGGCCUCUCCGCAGACGGCGGCGCCCGGCGCCAGGAGCACCUGUCCCGGUUCUCCAUGCCCGACCUGAGCAAGGACUCCGGGGUGAACGUCUCGGAGAAGCUGAGCCACGUGGGCACCCUGAACUCGUCGGUGCAGUUCCGCAGCGCCGAGUCGGUGCGCAGCCUGCUCUCGGCCCCGCAGUACCCGGAGCCGCCGGGCGGCCUCCUGCAGCUGGGCCGCCCGGCCGGGUACCGCGACCGGCAGGCGCGCGCGCGGGCGCCGCGCAGCUUCGACCUCGACUUCGCCUUCGAGGCGGGCGCGCGGCCGGGGCCCGAGGGCGCGCGGGCGCCGCCGCUGAGCGAGCGCCCGCGCCGGAGGGCCGCGCCCCGGGACGACCCGCGCCGGCCGCGCCCGCACCGGCCCCGCCGCUCGCGCCGCGCGCGCUCCGACAACGCCCUGCACCUGGCGGGCGCGCGCGAGGCCCUGGCGCGCCUGCAGGAGCGGCCGCCGCCGCGCGCCCGCGAGGACCUCGGCCCGUUCGCGCGCCAGCGCAGCUUCCAGGGCAGCCCGGGCCCGGGGCCGCGGCGGGACCCGCACGGCGCCUGCCCGCGGACCGUGUCCGACCUGGCGCUGCAGAGCGCCCUCGGGGAGCGCUGGGGGCCGCGCCCGGCCGAGUGCGACUGGUGCUCCACCUGCUCCUCCUCCUCCGAGUCCGACGGCGAGGGCUACUUCCUGGGGGAGCCCAUCCCGCAGCCCGCCCGCCUGCGCUACGUGACCAGCGACGAGCUGCUGCACAAGUACAGCCCCUACGGCCUCCCCCAGGCCUCCGCGCUGGGCGGCCGGGGACCGCUGCACGGCCGCAAGAGGCAGAAGGGCAAGAACUGCAGCAUCUCCUAA